GGAAACGACGGCUCGAAUAAAGUCGAUUCGGGGAGGCUCGAGCUUCGUUACAGUGUCAUGGUGGAAGGAUUUCGCCGUUUUGGCUUCCACCCUAGUCCGUAACGUUCGGCCAGUUCUCUGCUCGCUGUGGGUUCUCUUCUCUCCCCCAUUCCUCCUUGUCGUUGGGUCGUCCGUUGCUAUGGAAGUCCCUUCUGUUAUUGGACUCGAUCAUGUUUGGUUUUGAUUUGGGAGAGGAACGCUGGCUUCUCGAUUCUCUGAUGGUUGCUCGAAGCGCAGUUUGAUUGACAGAAAAAUGAGGUGGGUUUGUGCUGCUUUUUAGGUUCUGCGUGGAUUUUGGGAUUUGUCGAGGUUUUAGGGAUCCUUAUCGAGGUAAAGGAGUCGAUUUUAAACGUAAGUGACGCGGGUUUGAGAUGAGUAAGAAGUCAAACGAGGAGGAUUUAGCGGAGGGCUACUGCUUCAUUUGCAAGGAUGGGGGAAAUUUACGGGUGUGCGAUUUCAGGAAUUGUCUUAAGGCUUACCAUCCUGAUUGUUUAGAUAAGGAUCCGAUCUUCUUGGAGAGUGAUGAAUGCUGGACAUGUGGUUGGCAUUAUUGCUGUAUUUGUAAAAGAGCAGCUGCUAUCCAAUGUUAUUGCUGCCCAAAGUCAGUAUGUGGCACCGACUCAUGUAUAAAGGAAGCUGUUUUUGUGCAAGUUAAAAAAAAGGCAAAGGGUUUCUGUAGUCACUGUUUGAAGCUAGCAAUUUUAAUUGAAGAAAAUAAGGAUGUUGAUUCAGAUGGGGGAAAGAUAGACUUUAAAGAUACCACUACAUAUGAGUUUUUGUUCAAGGAUUAUUGGGAAAUCAUCAAGGAUCAGGAAAAAUUUACACUUGUUGAUCUUCAGACAGCAAAUGCUCUUCUUAAAAGAGAUGAAAAUUGUCAGACUGGAUCAGAUUCAGAUGAACUUGAGGAGGUGGAAUCUGAUUUUGAUGAAUUUAAAGACAAUUUCAAUAAUGGGUUGGCAAUUUUUGACGAUUUGAAAGGCAUGUCUGUUAGAUCAAAGAAGCGGCAAAAGAGAUCCAGGCCAAAGAAAAAGGAGUUUGUUGGUUGGGGUUCAGUAGAGCUGAUUGGCUUUCUUGCAUCUUUUGGUAAGGAUACAAAAGAACCACUUACACAGUUGGAUGCGUGUGAAAUUGUAAAGGAUUACAUUCAAGAAAACAAACUUCAUGAUCCUAAUGAUAAGAAGAAAAAAAAUGUUAUAUGUGAUGAACGGCUGCACACUUUAUUCAGAAAGAAGAAAGUGAAAUUUCACAAAAUAUACAGCUUACUGGAAAGUCACUUUGCUUCAAGUGAUAACUCAGACGAUGAGUUGUCCUUUAGUUCGGAAGAGGGUGAUGAUGCAUUUGGUGGGCAUAAGAAACAAAAGAAAAACAAUGAUUACCAAUUUGAUACAUCACAUCUGAAGAAUCAAAAGAGAGACCUUUCUGCAUUGUAUAAAUCUCACUAUGCCUCCAUAGUUAGCGAGAACAUCAGUUUGGUUUAUAUGAGGCGAUCUUUAAUUGUAGAACUUCUUAAAGAUCCUGAUACCUUUGAAGCUAAAGUUUCUAGAUGUUUUGUGAGAGUCAAACUUGAUCCUAAAUAUUUCUACUCUCUGGCUGAAAAGAUGUACGUGCUCGGGCAGGUUACAGGUGUUAAAAAUGUCUCUCAAACAUACAAGAUAGGGGAAAUGUCCACAGCUAUAGUUCUACGUGUAUCCAAUAUGCACAAGGAUGUUCCAAUAUAUAUGCUAUCUGAUGAUGACUUUCAGGAGGAUGAAUGUGAAGAUCUAUGCAAGUUAGCAAAUAAAGGCGUUUUCAAUAGGCCUACUGUUGCAGAUCUUGAGGAGAAGGUCAGAAGUAUUCAUGCUGACAUAAUGAACCAUUGGAUUGACAAGGAAAUUUUGAAGUUACAGAAACUGAUUGAUCAAGCAAAUGAAAAAGGAUGGCGUAGAGAACUAUUUCAGUAUAUUGACAAAAGAGAAAAACUUCUUAUGCCAGAAGAGAGAAAUCGUCUUCUUCAAGAAAUUCCAGAUGUUGUUGUCGAUACCUGCCAAAUUGAGGAACAUAGGAAUAAUCCACUAAAUUCUCCUCCAGAAAAGAAAGAUAAUGGAUCUGCAGUCCAUCUAGUCACAGCAAGAUUUCCAGGACAAGGAGUUGCAAUCCACCAAACCAAUGAUGAAAUGACUCUUGCAGAAAAUCAAACGUCAAAAGACAUUACGCAAGACGUUAAUUCAACAAGCAGCGGUCAAGUAGUUGAAACCAAAGGUGGAGAAGUUCCAAACUCUAACUCAACUAACCAGAUACCAGUAAGUCUCCUAUUCGGAAUGAAGGAUAAAAUAUGGCAUUACACCGACCCUUCUGGCAACGAGCAAGGGCCAUUUAACAUGGUAUGUUUAAAGUAUUGGAUGGAACAAGGCUAUUUUGGUGAAGAUUUCAAGGUCUGGCGAGCAAUUCAGUCACGAGAAGAUGCCAUGUCACUGACUGUUGCGCUUGGUCUUUGUCAAUAGUGUCUUCUGCUUUAUUUAUGCUCCAUUUCACUGCCAUCAGCAAAUCCACUUUUACAGAAUCAUAUCCGACUGUACACCAGACCUCUCACCCUUUCUUGAGAUUGAAUUGCAGCGGUAUUAUAUUUCCAAGAUGCAGCAAGGAACUCAGCAUCCUGUAUGUUGAUAUUGGUUGCAUCUUUGGGGCUCAUUAUUGGCCAGGUUAAUCUUAUUUUAGAUUGCAUCCUAAGAAGUAAAGUCUUGAAAUGAUAAUUUAGACUUUUACUAAAGCAUUCGAUUGCAUUUUGAACAUGGAUGGGAUGGUUAAGUAAUAGCUGAAUUAUGCUUUCUGUUGAAGCUACCUUGUAAUUAUGGCUCCGCUGUGCUUAUUGCUGAUAAUUACAUGCGUUUUUUAAAAUUCCUUUUUGGAAUUAGCUUUU